AUGAUAGUAGCAGAUGUCGAAUAUUCGUCUUCCUCUAUCAUUGCUGAAACUCCUGCUGUUACUCCUUCGUCUGUACUUAGGACGAACAGGCUACCCCAGCACUGUCUACGCCGAUCCUUUUCUUCAAAAACGCCGACGCGCUUCUUUACAAAGAGCGAACAUCCAGGGAUCGACUGGACCUCGAAUACUGUUGUUCCAUCUGCUUGCCUCCGAGUUGUCGCCUUGAACCCAAAAACGAUCCUUCAACUGGCACUCCCUGACUUCACGAUCGAACUACACCAAACAAUCCCUGUACCAGAACAGCGACAUCAGUUCGAAAUCGGACCGCUUGUUCCUUGCCCUUUCUUUGUUUAUGACCCAACAAAGCCGCCCUCCUCCGCCCUCCUUUUUUUUCUUUUGGUCAUAGCUCCCUCCCUCCCUCCUCCUCCUCCUCCUCCUCCUCUCUCUUUUUUCCACACAAGCCACGAGAAAUCAGGGCGGAGUCGCUCUUCUGUACGAUUGGAAAGCUUCGCCAUAUUUGUUCCGUCCAGCAACAUGGAGAGGCGGCAAAUGAUAUGUAGGCAUGGAAACGAAGGGCAGCAACAUCCUGCCCGUAUUGCAUCUGAUGUCGCUGAGAAACAGCAAAUCUUCUCUUCCUCUUCCUCUCUUUUGCUCCUGGGGCGGAAGGAACGUUAA